GACCAAACAUCAUCAACAGCGAGAGACUCGCAAAGCAACUUUGAAACAAUGGCUCUAGAAAUAAAUUGACUAAAGCAAUCACACAACAAUAUUUCCCCGGAAAUGGAAUCUACAGCUACAAACGCCUAUUCUCUUUUCGUUUUUUCCCUUGAACUACAGACCCCAGCCGCCUAGCAUGGGUAUCCCGCAUCUCAUUGGCACGCUGGAGCCAUACGCCACUCAUAAAUCCCUUGAUAAUUCCAAGGCCAUUAUCGAUGGGCCUUCCUUCGCUUAUCAUAUCUUAUACGUUUGUCGCCUAAACGGCAUCGUACAACCGGGAUACAAGCAGCUGGCCCAGACUGCCAUCGCAUGGCUGGAUGAGCUUCAGCAGCACGGCAUAUCAAUAGAAGCAAUCUAUUUUGAUGGAUUCCUACCUAAGGAGAAGCUUCCUGUACGAAUGUCGAGGCAUGGCAAAACCACUUCGCAACAGGUCAUCUUCCAUACCAGCAAUCCUCAAGGCUGCUGGAAAGAUUAUGUUUUGCAAGACCACGUCCAAGAUGCAAUGGAUUUAUUCAAAAUUGGUAAAGCUGAAUCCAUGGUGUCCAUAACCCCGGCCUUCAUUGUUCCGGCUAUAAUGGAUGCUAUUCGAUCCUGCAAACGAUAUCGCGAUAUUGUCAAGCUGGUACCUGGUGAAGCCGAUAUGUAUUGCGCAAAGCAUGCCACAGAAAGCGGAGCUAUCAUAUUUUCGUCAGACUCGGACCUCUUGGCUCAUGACUUACAGUCCGGGGCGGUGGCCCUGUUUCGUGACAUUACCAAACACGACGGUACCCUUCAAGCUGCGGUUUUCACCCCAACAGCGAUUUGUGAGCGCUUGGGUUUGGAGAUUCCCAUAGCCCCGACGAGACUAGCAUAUGAACGUCUUAGAGACAAGAAUUAUAACAUGGAUGCUCUUGUUCGUGCAUGCAAAUCUCCACCUAUUGAUUUGCCCGACUACACACGUUUCAAACAGCAGUACGUCUAUAACAACAGCAUGGACACACUGCUAUUGAAAGUCGAAAACCAGUUUCAGUUUCGCCAUAUGGACCCUCGAACAUCCGAGGUGAUGCUACAGCUUGUGGUUCCGGAUAGACUGGACGAUAUCGAACCAGCCAUAUUUCUGCCUGUUCUUAUGGAGAGCAGCGAAAGAGGAACUGCAUGGGAGCCAUCAACACCCAUUCGGCAACUUGCUUACAGUUUUGUUUCAAACACAGGAAAGGGGAUACCUCUGUGUGUUUAUGAAUACCGUCGAGUACAGAGCGCCGCUCAGAAAGGUCGACAAGUCGACAUACUAGAUCAGUCGGCGAUGAGAACGACGGCUUCUGACAUGCUGAGUAUCUCGACCAAGCUUCAGGGCUUUGCAGGCUCCGAUACCCAGCUGUUUUGGUUAUCUUUCUGUUUAAUUUUAGACAUUCAGUCAGGUAUAACGCAGGGAAAAUACAGCCAUGCGCUGCAUGUUCUAAAAGCUCAUAGACAAAAGCAACUGCGGUUAUCGUCACGGAUAUCUUGGGAUUUGGUUCAUUUGAUUGCACAGCUACAUGCUGGGCUAUAUUCAUUGAGAAUCCUCCACCAGAUUUUCCAAUCCUGCAAAUCAUCUAUCAAGCCUCAACUCGACGUACACUUUGGAAACUUCGAAAAAUUGCUCAAUGGAGUUCCACCUCUUACGUCAUAUCCAGAUGCGACUUCUGCCAUCGACUUUCUAAGUAAGGCCAUUGAUAAGGGAAUAUUCAAACGGCUUCGGCAGAUGAGUCUAGUCGAAGCCGAGGAAACGAAUCCUCAACAUGCAAAGCGCUCCGGUAAUACUAGCGACAAAAGUGCAUCGCGAAAGAAACCAAAAGCAGAUCACAAGCCUGAACCCAAGUUCAAGUCUGCAAAUCCGUUUGACGCAUUAUUAAACGACUCAAAAUUAACACAGUAAUAGUAAUGGUAAUGAUUUAAUGCAAAACUCUUCAAAUCGUCUAACAAUUCCUUCGUGGCCUAACCUACAUCCUAUUCAAACCAUGAAUCUCAUCAAUCAGCUGCUCAAACUGGUUCACUGUAUUUUCCAACUCAUUAACAUCUUGUAAAAGAUCAUCGUGUGAGAGCCCUUGGCCAGCUGCCUGGAUAAUGCGCCAGGCGCGGCGGAACUCGUCACGAACAGAUACAAUGCCAUUAUGCGUCACUGUGCGCGCUACAUUGUGGUCAAGCUCAAACGGGUCUUCAAUGGCGAAGAGAUAACGGAGGCGCACCUCUUUCACCUCUGGAGUCUUAGGCGCCGGCGCCGCAGGAACAGUCUUAGGGGUAUCUUGAGGCUGUGCUGGCGCAUUCUGCGAAGGAGCCCCUUCGUGCGUCUCUUGAGCUUGAUACACAGUCUUAGCCCCAGUCCAGCCCUUUUCUUGCUUAGAAAGUAGACCACCUAUGGUUCGCAGACUCAAAACAUCUCGUCCCCAGUCAAAACCCUUGCCAGGAACAGUGCUCAUCAUACCACUCUGAGCAUAGUACUCGAAAAAGCCUCUCAGAAGCUGUCCGAUGCUCUGUCCGUUGCCGUUAAGCUGUCGAUUCAUAGCUAGGUGCAAGAUUUCGUUUUCGUUCCUCCAGAAGUGGACUUUGUAGCCCUUGAGCAUGAUUGCCUCAGGGAAGUUUGGAGCACCUGGAACAGCUCCUGGUGGCGCAACUUGCUGCAGGUUGGGGCAUACAAAUGGCUGCACCACGUUAACAAGGUAGUGUAGUACCAUGAGCACAUAGCCGUAGCUGCUGAGGGUGCCGCGGUAGCCGGAGUUGAUGCCACGGGCUUUGGCCCAAUGUUUGAUGAAGAGCACCAUUGGUCGAACACGAGGGUCAGAGUGCGAAUAACAGCGCAGAAGAAGGGUGUUUUGCAAGGCAAGGUGUGCAGCGAAGUUGAUAUCAGACUGUGUGCCAGCACCAAUGCUAGGGAACUCCAGGGCGUCUUGGUACUUGUCUUUGUGGUGAUUCAGGGCCAACUUAUGGGGGUCUGGCAGCAACUUGAUCCUUUGGAUUAGAAGAAUCUCCUCCUCAGAGGUUGGAACGAUAUUUCUCGACUCUGUUGAUGAAGAGAUGCAGGAUCUCAAAAGACCAAUGUACUGUCGAAUGCUAGGCACAACAGCCUCGUCGUACGCCUUGCUCUCCAGAGCUUUCUCAAAUUCAAGAGCAAGUUGCAGGGCCAUAUGUUGGUGACCAAUAGCUUCCAGUGUAAGACUGUUGUUGGAUUUGGCGUAUGCAUCUUGUAUUUCAGUGCGAACAUGUUCAUGAUAAAUUCCGGCGAUGUAUCUCGUGACAGCCUCCGACGAUAGUUCGUCCAGAUCCAAGACUUGGUUGGCAUCAGUGCCACGUAGAAAGCCUGCAGCUCUAUUGUAGUACUGAAGAGGACUUUCGUUCGCUGCCUGCUCGAGCAUUAACAGCUGAACCGCUGAUACCUUCUUCAACCGUUCUAAGAUGACUUGCAGGUCCUUAGCAUAAGUCAUGCAGUCAGCAGGUGUACCUCCGCGUGGUCGUAGAUCGAGCCAUGUUCUAACAGUUCUUUCCAAAGGUGAUCCCUCAGAAAGGAGAAGUUGGCGGAGUUUGGACUCUUUAACAAGCUCAAUGACUUGUUGGCCCUCCACUAGAGACAAGAUGCCGAAUAGUGAUUUGAAUCCAAGCUCUGAGCUGAGCUCCAUUGCGUCUUGUACAGAUUGUUUCAACUUGGUAUCCGAAAGUCCGUUCGCAAAGGCAAUAGAAACACCCGUCAAGAUUUCCCAGUCAAGACCAGUGAAUUCUUUGUAGUUUGACAUGGUGGCAUCACGGCCGCCUGCUUUACGCAAGACGCGUUUGGCCAAUCCAUAGUAAGCUUGUAGCGUAUGCUUGGACAGCUGACGCAGGUGGAACUUGUGCAUUUUACCAUCUUCCCCAGGGAUUUCAAAGUAGUUCUCCGGAGUAGGUGUAUCAUCAGCAGUGCUAGAAGUAGGGCGAGCAUCACUGUCCUGCACAUCAGCACUAGGCUGAGCAUCUAGGGCAGGUUCUUCAUCGCCUUCAUCUUCGGGAUCCGCAGUUUCUUCAACAAUGCCUUUGUCCCAUUUCGCUCUCUCUGCCCUCAAAUUCUGCAGAAGAGCUUCUGGGGGUGUCUCACAGAGCUUGAUAAUAGGCACACGAGUUCGGCUUAGCAGCCUUGCACCAAAUCCAGCAUCCAACAAAGCCUUUUCGAGACGGCGAGGAAUUGGCGACGCUGUAUCAUCAGGCUGGAGCUUGGAAAAGGGUGAGAUCAGGCCAAGAUCCAUGUCAGAAGCCUUUGUAGCAAAGCCAGAGGCUAAACUUCCAAAGCACUGCAACUCUACAGUCGCAGGAUGAAAGUCGGGCUCAGGCCCUUGUUCAAGCUCGUACUGUGUAAUAACCUCGCGGCAGAUGGCUUCCACUCGGCGACGGAAAGCCUCUUUUUCUGCGAUUUCUGGUCUUUCGAUUUCCGAGUUAGAGACAGCCUCAAAGCAAAGGCGUUCCAAGAGCGAGGCCUGUCCCAUAAUUUCCUCUUGUGUAAAGCUUUGACGCUGAUAUCUCCCUUGAUAUGAAUUGUUUCCACCACGCCCGCCUCUGUGAGAGUGAUGCCCAGGCGACGAGAAUUGAUGGUCACGUUGAUUUUGGCUUUGUGGUCUAUGAAAACCGUGGUUUCGUGGACUUUGACCAUACUGACCAUCGUUCCAGUCACGGCUCUCAGAUUGGUUAUGACCACGCCACGAUGAGUUGCCUCCACUUGGGUGGGAGGCAUGAUGCUGAUGACGCUGAUAGUUGUGUUGGGGUUGGUGGUAGCGUUCCUGCUGGUGUUGUAAAGUCUGCGUCUCAUCGUUCUGAUAUUGUGGCGCAUUAGGGUCAAUAGAUAUCGAUAAUUGAGAGCUCAUCUGUCGUCGUUGUGCCUGGUUAAGGCGCCGACGUCCGCCUCUGGGCGAUGACGAAUUGGCAUCGUCAGCAAUUGAGGCACGCGGAUCGGUAGGAAAUGCUGGCUCUGCGUUCCUUGAUCGCGCUUGAGAGUGUUCGAAUCCGGGAGGUAGGCGGUGGCCAACAUGUUCCCCUACAGGCUGACCUUGGUGCUGAUGAUGUUGGGGACCGGGAGGGGUAUUGGUUAAGAUCAAGUUGCGAAGAUGACCUUCGAGUCCUGGCAAGGAAUCAUCGUUGCCACGAUAGCCAUGGUGAUCUUGAUGUUGCAUGGCUUUUAUUGACGAAAUUUUGUUCUAGCAGACCGUGUCUCUUUAAGCAGACAUCUCUGUCAGUCAAAUUGGGAUCGCGGGGCAGAGUAGAGGUUGGAUCGAGCUAGGGCAUCAAAGGCUGGCGAUAUGGCAGCGAAGGGCGAUGAUAGCUUAUAAAGUUGUCUGAUCGCAGGGAUUUUCGAUGCCUUAUAUCGGACAAUGGGCAGGCUUGUUGAUGGCGUUUGCCAAGGGAUGGUGUUUGAUGAUGCGAGCAGGGUUGUGACGUCGCCUGUACGUGCUGGGUUCGGCUGCGAGUGAGACGCUGCAAGCUCUGGUGGCGUUUAGAGCAGGCGUAGAAGGAAUUGUGAAGUGAUCAGAAUUAUGUUUGUCGUAUUGGAUAGGCGACUUGACUCGGCUUGCAUCGAGGCAGUGUCUAUGCGAUGUCCUGUCCUUUCGUCUCGUUUUUUUUUAGCCUGCAAGCGUUUGCAUCUGUUCAGAGGCCUUGUCUAGUUUUAGGUUUAGCUUCUAGCAUCACCCUGCAAAAGCUGUAGUGGGGGGCUGGAGCUGCUACCAGGUGC